CACAAGCAGGGAGAGGCGGAGGAGGAAAAGGCAGAGAGAGAGAGCCCAGCCCUUGAAUACACGGCAACAACACGCCGUCAGAGAGAGAGGGAGAGACAGAGAGACUGGCUGAUUUUGGGGGGAGCAAAGGGAGCCUUCGACGCUGCGGAUAUGAACUGAAAAGAAACACUGGAAGAGGCAGGGACCGUGUUCAUAUAUCCCGAAAAUUUACUGUAAAGGUGGAAAACAAGCCCCCCAAACCCUCCUCUCUCCCUACCAGUUCUUGUUCAGAUUGAGCUACACCCAAAGCCCCGACCGACCCCCUCCUGCUCCUGCUGCUCCACCCCUCCGCCGCUGCACCGCUCCGGCAACCGAGAUGCACACGGAGACCCGUAACAAGAAAUGCCAGUCAACUCCUAAGCAGAAGAAGAGUGCCGUUGGCGCCAACAAAAAACGGAAGAGCCCGGCCAAGCAGAGCGCCCUGACCCAACAGCAACAACUGCCACCGUCAUCAUCACCGCCACCGCCAGCACCCCGGGAAGAGGAGGAGAAGGAGGAGGAGCCGGCGACCAGGCCUCGGCCACCGCAGGAGGACGAAGAGGAGGAAGCGGGCGAGGAGGAACAAGAGGAAGUGGCGACAGAGGGUGUGAAGAAGAAGGAGGAAGAGGAAGAGGAGGAGGGCGACACAGUCAUGCCCUCUGUACAGAUCAAACCAGAGCCAGAGGAGAUGGAGUGCACGCAGGCAGAUGUAGGUGACGACUGCUCACAGCCAACAGACCUGAAGGUGAAGACGGAGACAGCAGUUUGCAAGACAGAGCCCUCUUCGCCCCAGCCGUCCCCCGCUGAGGACCAGACCGAACCCGUUGACCUGUCGCUCAACAAGCCCCGCUCCUCUUCGCUACCUGCUUCUACGACAAGCACCACAGUCAACCCUGCGCCCAGCGGUGCAAUGACCCAACCCAGCCUGUCGGCUACCCCAAUCGCCUCCUCAGUACAGUCGAUAGGCUCCAUGGUCCUCUCUCCAGGCUCUAUCUUGGCCACUCAGGGUGCCGGGGGCCAGCAGAUCCUCCACGUCAUCCACACAAUCCCCUCGGUCAGCAUGCCCAGCAAGGUGGGCCAGCUGCAGACCAUCCCCGUGGUGGUGCAGUCGCUGCCUGUUGUCUACACCACCAUGCCUACUGACGGUGUCGCCACAGCAGCCAUUACAGUGCCGCUCAUAGGCAGUGAUGGACGCUCAGAAGGAUCUGUACGCAUCAAGCCAGGUUCAACGUCUCCGGUGGAGUAUCAGAGCGACAGCGAUGCAGAGAGCGGUACAGAGUCUGGAUCAGCCUCCCUCAGUGCCCAGAGCCUUGACGCCGGGUCGGUUAUGGACUUAGAGCCUGUCGAUCCAGAUUCGCCAGACAUCAAAAGGAGGCGGAUCCACAUGUGCGACUAUGAAGGCUGUAAAAAAGUUUACACCAAGAGUUCCCACCUCAAAGCCCACAGGAGGAUACACACAGGAGAGAAGCCCUACCACUGUACCUGGGAGGGCUGCACCUGGCGCUUCGCCCGCUCCGAUGAGCUGACUCGACAUUUCCGCAAGCACACCGGAAUCAAACCUUUCCGCUGCACCGAAUGCGACCGCUCCUUCUCCCGGUCUGACCACCUCUCCCUGCACCGCCGCCGCCACGUCAUGAUGUGAACUCUGACCUCCUUCCUCCCCCAAACACCCACAGCUCCACAUCACCCCCUCCUACAAACCGCCCUCUCACCCCUCGACAAAGUCACUCACAGCACAUCUUGUACCAGUGCCCCCCACAUCCGGAUUUUAAUCAGCAGAUAAAAAAAAGACACUGGACCUCCAUCCUCCUCCUCAUCUUCUUCAUUUUGAAAUCACAGGAAUAUCAGGAAUGUGUCUGUGCAUUUGUGUGUGUGCGAAAUAGAGGUUCUGGGAUUUUACUGUGUGUGUUUCAACACAUAAUCAUCAUCAUUACCACCGUCCACCCAAAAACAGCCCCUUCCCUUCCAUCCUCCAACCACAACGUCACCUCCUCAGACAGAAGGAUGGACUGAAGGUCAUCCAACAGCAUCCAUCUAGCCAUCACGCCAUCCAUCCAUCACAUGCAUCCAUCCAGAGGAGAGGAGGAAGAGGAGGGCACAGUAGGAGGAGUGACGUGUGUGUAUUGUUUGAACUAAAACCAGAAGUGGUAUUUCAAUUGGGAUGUCACUUCAGCUGCCCUAACAAUAUUCAUUCUGUACAUAUCCAGAGUUGGGAAGUUACUCGCUUACUUACUUGGGUAAGUGACUCCCCAAAUGCCUCAGAUAGCCCCUUCUCACCACAGGAACCUUCACAGGAACCUUUUUAGAGACUCAAGAACUUUUCCUUUUGACCAUUUUGACUUGAGGAACUAUGGCAACAUUAUUGAUCUGAAUCAGGAGCUAUCUGAACAAAGAAUAGGUAACUAAGACAAAAAAAAGUUUGAUACUUGCUUGGUGCUAUGGACACAUUUUAG